GCCAAAAUAGACAUCCGUUCUUCGUAGUCGGCAGGAUUCGAACCUGCGCGGGGAGACCCCAGUGGACUUCUAGUCCAUCGCCUUAACCACUCGGCCACGACUACCUUGGCAACUCAACCUCGUUCAAAAGUACAAAAGAGACGUUCACGAAGAGAAUAUUUCACCAAGACAACGUGAAUGAGGUUAACAAAGAGUAGUAUUCGUUACAGUAGCAGAGUGGCGCAGUGGAAGCGAGGGUAAUGAUACCCUGUGUUUGAGGAUCGCCUUGUGAAGAUAUUGGUUUCCGAGUUUUUGGCACGGUGUAGCUUUUCAAGUUUUAAUUUUCAAGUCUUAUGAAACUAAAACUUCAGAUUAUGUUGCCAAAAUGCAGAGCCGUGCCGUGCUUUCCUGCUCCCGUCGGACACUCAAAGGUAUAAUGCGUUCGGACUUAUUUAUCACAAAAUGAUCAAAACAUUUUCUAUGCAAAGCCAAGAUAGACAGUCCGUUCUUCGUAGUCGGACGAAUUCGAACUUGCGCGGGGAGACCGCAAUGGAUUUCUAGUCCAUCGCCUUAACGACUCGGCCACGACUACCUUGCAAUUCAAACUCGUUCAAAAGUACAAAAGAGGCGUUCACAAAGAGAGUUUUUUAACAAGACAACGUGAAUGAGGUUAACAAAGAGUAGUAUUCGUUACAGUGGCAGAGUGGCCCAGUGGAAGCGUGCUGGGACCACAACCCAGAGGUCCGAGUAUCAAAACCUCGCUCUGUUAGUAGUUGUUUUUUUUUUUUACCUCUUGCUCGUCAGCAGCAGACUGGCGCAGUGGAAGCGUGCUGGGCCCAUCACCCAGAGGUCCGAGGAUCAAAACCUCGCUCUGCUAACGUUAUCCGUCAGCAGCAGAGUGGCGCAGUGGAAGCGGGCUGUGCCCAUAACUCAGAGGUCCGAGGAUAAAAACCUCGCUCUGCUACAGCAGAGUGGCGCAGUAGAAGCGUGCUGGGCCCAUAACCCAGAGGUCCGAGGAUCAAAACCUCGCUCUGCUAAGAUUUUUUUACUCGUCAGCAGCAGAGUGGCGCAGUGGAAGCGUGCUGGGCCCAUAACCCAGAGGUCCGAGGAUCAAAACCUCGCUCUGCUAGUAUUUUUUUUGUCCGUCAGUAGCAGAGUGGCGCAGUGGAAGCGUGCUGGGCCCAUAACCCAGAGGUCCGAGGAUCAAAACCUCGCUCUGCUAGUGGCUUUUUUUUAAACUUAAAAGAAUGCCCGAAGACAUUUUACUGCUUCUUUUCACUUGCUUCUUUUUUAUGUUCGCCAUGUUACAGAAUUUUGCCGGUAAAUUCGAUUUUCGAAUCUCUAAGAAGCUCAUAAACCGAGAGUGAUUCUCUUUUUCUUUCUGCGUACGUUCGAGAAAGAAAAAAUUUAGACGUUUUUUAUUCAGGCAAGAAGGAACAUUAGAUGUAAUGAACGGCCACCAGAGGAAAGCUGUCAAGUCAAAUAUUUCAAGACAUUAUCUGUCAGCAGCAGAGUGGCGCAGUGGAAGCGUGCAGUGGAAGGAACAAACUCCAGGAUAUGUAAGCCCCAGUUUCGAGAGUUUCAAAAACAUUUCUAGACGUCAUCCGUGAGCAGAGUGGGGCAGUGGAAGCGUGCUGGACCCAUAACCCAGAGGU